AUGCCCCACAGUGAGGAUCCGUUGUUAAAAGCCAAAAUUCUGGUACCAGUCGAAAAUAAUGUACUGUCUGUCGGCACUAACUGCCAUGAGUCAUCGGUCAAUGGGGCAGUUUCCACGCCGUCUGGUGAACCUCCAACAGAUGCUGGGAUUGAUGUGCCAGAAGGCAUAACAGCUCUUGGCAGCAUAGAUAUCCCUACGGAAACAGAUGGUGAUUCCAAGACAGCUUCCGGUUUCAUGCUAAUAAGUGUCCGACACCUGUCAAAAGCUGGACGUGAGGAUCUUCGCAAUCGGUCGGUAUCUUUGCCACUGAAAUGCAGGAGGUCCGGCUCAGAGCCCCUGCACUACAAUAUGUUUGAACCUUCGCAUGAAGACAGCAGCCCGACCUCUUCUCAGAGUCACGCGGGCGAGGAUGAGUACUCCAAUGAUGGCUUUUACGGCUCUGGGUCAAUUGAGGCGGAAGAAUUCGAAGAUGAUGAGCUGGAUGAGGACGAAGCAGCUCACAGUGUUACUUUGGUUGUUGGUGCUUCUGGGAAAAACUUGAAAUCAUCCCUGCUGAAGUCAGCGACGCAUCCUGAUGCCUCUUUUUUCUCAAAUUCCAUACGCGAGAUUGUUCUGUCUUGGCCACGUGCUGCGUACGCCAGUCGGUCGGCUUCCUCGAAGGGUUCUUUUCGCGCAACUCUGUGGAGGGUAGAGACGAGCCAGAGGCGGUCAAACAAUGACUUGCCAGUGAAGUAUGAAAGCCGCUACCAGCAAACUCAGCUGCGCUGGUCAUUGCCGUCUUCCUGGAUAGGGACCCUGAGACGGACCACAUCAGUGAUUGUUCUGUCUUGGCCACGUGCUGCGUACGCCAGUCGGUCGGCUUCCUCGAAGGGUUCUUUUCGCGCAACUCUGUGGAGGGUAGAGACGAGCCAGAGGCGGUCAAACAAUGACUUGCCAGUGAAGUAUGAAAGCCGCUACCAGCAAACUCAGCUGCGCUGGUCAUUGCCGUCUUCCUGGAUAGGGACCCUGAGACGGACCACAUCAAUUGUUCUGUCUUGGCCACGUGCUGCGUACGCCAGUCGGUCGGCUUCCUCGAAGGGUUCUUUUCGCGCAACUCUGUGGAGGGUAGAGACGAGCCAGAGGCGGUCAAACAAUGACUUGCCAGUGAAGUAUGAAAGCCGCUACCAGCAAACUCAGCUGCGCUGGUCAUUGCCGUCUUCCUGGAUAGGGACCCUGAGACGGACCACAUCAGCGAAACAAACUGCUUUUGCCAGUGCACCAACAACCAAGUUUGGCAAUGAUCGAUGUCGAGUGAUCAGUUCAUCAGAUUCUGCUUUACGCGGGACAUGGGUAACGUCAAAUGAACGAGCUCAAGAGGGCGCGUGUACCCUGUUGACAUUCCCAGCGAGUGGUCACCUCCAUUCAUCACGUCGAAGGCACCGCCCAGUUGCACCCCAUGGCAGAUAUGUGGUUGGAAAGCAUGAUUUAGUGACAAAGUUCCAACCGAUUUACGAUACCCUGUUGCCUUUAGUGGCAACUGCUCGUGUCCAAACAAACACAUCACAUUUCGACUCUCAGGUACUUGCUUGUACUCCGAUUCCAGUGACCUCUGUGCAUACUGCUCCUCCAUCUGGACACGUAUCACCACCACAACCUUCUGAGUACGCAGUUAUGUUAGAGCCUUUGUCUUUACCCGAACCAUACAUCAAUGGUCAUGUCCAUCCCCAGUCUUUCUCCCCUCACUCCGUGAAUCACGAUUCCCCUACAUUGACGCUUCAUCCUCCUAUGUAUUCACUCUGCAAUGGUCCCGCACAUGCACCUAAUUCCGGUUCCACUCAACAACCGGUUGCAUGUCCACAUCAUCUACAUACCGGGGGAGCUACAGAACUUCCUCCGAAUAGCUUAAUGGAUGGAUCCAACACCAACGAUGGGCACUUGGUACCCACUGUCCCGUCAUUAAACCCUGCUACAAUCCCCAAUCUCCAACCGGCCUCCAGAUUCCGGAAAGCUCGGAUUCACGAGACUGUGGAACAGUGGUCCCAUGGACGUGCUUCCAUCCAUGAUUGUCACCUUAAAGCGGUUCCUGACUGGGUCUGGGAUUUACAGAAGAAGUCCUCAACUUUGGAGCAGGAUGUUGCUUCUGCAUUAUUUCAGAAAGUCAAUUGCUCGUCGUGUUUGGAAAGGAAAGUUCAAGCCCCGAAUCACCCAACCUCUCUACAAACCCAGAUUUCAGUUGUUAGCAGGCAAACUGGUUUCAGCGACACCCCCCGGUCGAAUACUUCCAACCUCUUUGCAUCCAAGUCGGAAAUUCACGGUGGAACUUCUGCCCUUGGUCGCGAUGCAUACAGGGGCAGUUUAUUCUCUUUCUGGGAUGGUGGUUGCCGCGUAAAUGCACGUCUAUUCAAUGCUAGUCGCUCUGCUAUAUCCCAUCAUCUCCCCCCGGACGAAAUGAGUAUCAAUAGUGUUUGUCCGAUCUGUGCAGGUGUGGUUGCUGGUAACACCGUGGAGCCUUCAAGGGAUAAUCUUCCAGAAACAGCCUGUAUCGAUGACUCUGUCGUCAACGCUGACAGGUCUGACCAGUGUGGGCAAGCCAUAACGGGUGAUCCAUCUCUGCUAGAGGAUAUCAAGUUUGCUUCUGGCCCAGCAACUGGCUUAGGAAGCAGUUCCACAUUAUCUACUCCAGCGUUGCUUCCAUCUAAGUCGACUGAUCCUGCCACUGCCUACUUGAUACACCAACAAAUUAGUCCGGCCACUGGAAUCAUUAUGGUCAAUACUGAUUCGGCGCCAAAGUAUAUCGCCAGUCCCAGUGCUGUGCCAGCCCACCAGUCUCCCUUGGGCCGAAUGCAUGAAUCACAUCAACUGGAGUCGGGUUCUUUUCUGGGAAACGGUACUCAAAACCAAUACAAAUCACGACCUGGUGAAUUCAUACAGCCACCUAUGUCCCACAAGCGGGAUUUAAGCCAGGACGUGUCGGGUUUCGCACCACCAACAAGCCCUGCUCUAUUACCUCCAGGGGAUGCACAGUCUGUUUGGUCUGCUGUUUCUUGUGAGUCCUUUGUAGCACGAGGAACCGUUAACGGACUUGCACAUGGUGCUGAGUCGAACUUGGACGUACCAGCAAAUCGCCCUCACCUUGAAGCGCAAGCUCCGACAAAGUUAUCGUUACCCGGUGACGAUCAUCAUCCGGUUAUGCGGCUCCGUGACGCAAGCGGCAGGUACCACAAUGUGGCUCCCAUGGAUUCUGUUUACGUCACCAAUGGUUUGGAUGGUCACUCCACAGAACGACCCUGGACCAAUCUACUGUCACCCAUGUCCCCAAGCGACGUAUACAAGACGAUCACAAAAGACUCCCGCAGUGCCACCGAUGCACCUAAAGGGUCCAAGACUACUGGGAGAUUUCCCUCACCUGCAGUUUCCAAAAGAUACAAUACUCCUCUUGGUUCCAUGGAGCCGUUCUCUGUGCGAUCACGUUCUUCAACAAAGAGCGUACCGGGCAAAUUUUACCGCGAAUCCAAGAGUAACAGUAGAGGACGACUAACAUUAUCGAAACGAUUAGAGGCACGCAUAUCAGAAAGUGUGGAUGUCAUCCGAUCAGCCAUUGAAGAAGCGUUUCGCGAUGAAUUGGCAGCAGCACAAUCGGAAAACUUCGCUCUCUUGUCUGAAGUGGAGAGGUUAUCAAAUGAAGUGUCCACUCUUCGGGGUUACCAGACAGCCUUCCAUGCAUUGCGUCCAUUUGUAGCCCCAGAGAUUUGGGAUCAUCUAUGCAACCAACAAUCUCAGUCAGUUCAACACCACCCACUCUCUGCUAGUUCAUCUUCGGCUGUCCGGAACGGCUCUCCCGAACAUCCAGGAUAGGCACAGUGUCCUGUGGUGAUGUCUUGUCUUAUGGUGGACUGAGCAAUUCAGUGCAAUAAGUUCACGCUUUUCCCAAUUCAGCCGAUCCUGAUGGAAAUGUCAACCACCUGUGUCGUCACAUGUGAACCCCAAAGUGGGACUGUUCAGUGCCUGUAGUUCUUUGGAAAUUCCUUGGUAUACCCAUUAUGGACAGGCUGAGUUUCGUACUUUGAAUAUCCCCCCACUCUGUCCGUGUUCUUUCACCAGUGAUUGCAUUCAGAUUAAGCAUUGUGGGCUAGUCUGCCAUUCAUUUGCUACCGGUGUCUUUCAUGCCCUCAUACCCAACUUGAUGAACACCGAUAGAUGCGCUUCCGUCGCCACUUCAUUUCGAUUAUCAGGAUCCAAGUAAGCAGUUUGUUUAUAGUGACACUCGCGCAUAACCUUGCCACCUACCAUGCACCACGAACCACCAAUGAUCGAGCCAACCUACUUUCCGUUACUACCGCUUUCAGUGUUUUUUUUUGGGAGUUCGAACUAUGAAAAGCAGAAUCCUCAGUUGUGAUCGAUACCAUCCGGCAGUGCCGAACCCAAAUCUGAUGCUUCUAUUGUCAUGCAUUUCCGCCUGUCUCUUUCUGCUAAGUUUUUGUGAGUGGGUGUGCGUGCGUAUGCGUGCAUUCAUUUUGUCGCGAAUGUCAUAGACAGCCAAAAAUCUCAUCCCUAUUUCUCUCGCACUUCUUGGACCAUCCCUGUCUCGUCUUUGCCGUACCCGGUUACAACUAGGUUCAAUUCCUCUGUCCCAUCUUGUUUACAGAUACACACUGCUAUGUUUGUGCCAACCGAGUCAUACACGAAUAAGAGAUUUCCCAAUCCUCGAAUAGUCUUCAGCGUUUGUUUCUCUUUCUUGUUCCUUCUUAUUCGUCAUAUGUACUCAUCAGUACUCUGUCAAUUUGAGUUUCAGACGUUCCUGUCCAGCGUAUCAGCAAUUGCUUUCGAUCGUAACAGCGACACAUGCUGUGACGCAACCAUUCCCCCGUCCAUCUUUUGCCCCACCACGCAUUCCGAUUGUGACCGGUUUGUGUCACACAAAGCGAUUGUUUUGUAAAACACGGUAUUUUUAUGAAUACGUCAACUAGGUUGGUUUAGUCCCCUCUCGUAGAUGGUUGCUCACCAUGUAGGGACUGUCUGAACUAUCGACUACCAAGGUUUUUGCAAUCUUCGUCUAUUGUUGGCGUUACUCUCCAACCCCUCUAUGCAACAUACCCGACUUCUCAUUUAGUGUUGAAUGAUACUUGAUCACGGACGUGUUAAUUCAUUGACC